CCCAAAAUACCAAAAUAAAUACUAAAGUUGAAAGUAAGAAGAAGAGAAGAGAAGAGGAGAGAGAAAGAAAGAUCAUGCGGGCAACGAGGACUCUCAAGCUAUCGUGGUCAUCCCUUCCGAAUUCUUCGCUCUUCUGAAAACAUCUUUUGUUUUUUUCUUUCUUCUUCUCAUUUUCAUCCUUUUUUUUUUCUAUUUAAUUUUCUGCAAUUCAAUUUUCUGAGAUUUUCGCGGGCCGACGAUCACCGCUACUUCUCUUCGGUCUGCGAAAUUCUUCACGGGUUAUUGAAAUUUGAAUCUGAGAUAGUAUGCUUUGCAAAAUGAAGUUGGAUUGAUGUUCUUCAAUAGUUGCAGAUGAGGUGAUAUUGGGUAUGGAUUCGGCCAAGAGUUGGUUUCAUAAGUUGCAGCCACGUGAUAAGUUGAGAUCUGCAUCAAAAAAGAAGGAUUCCGGGAUGUUGGGAGGUAAGGAAGUGUCUGCCCCAACAUCAGAUGAUGAAACGCCGUCAAAUGUUACACAACAGAGGGUUGCGGCAGCAAAGCAAUAUAUUGAGAAACACUACAAGGAGCAAAUGAAGAAUUUGCAAGAAAGGAAGGAGCGUCGGAGUGUACUAGAAAGGAAGUUGGCUGAUGCUGAUGUGUCUGAGGAAGAUCAGAACAACUUAUUAAAGUUUUUGGAGAAGAAAGAGACUGAGUACAUGCGCCUCCAAAGGCAUAAAAUGGGUGCUGAUGAUUUUGAGCUGUUGACAAUGAUUGGAAAGGGUGCAUUUGGUGAGGUCAGGAUAUGUAGGGAAAAGACAACAGAUCAUGUAUAUGCUAUGAAAAAGCUCAAAAAGUCAGAGAUGCUUCGACGAGGGCAGGUUGAACAUGUAAAAGCUGAAAGGAAUCUUCUUGCAGAAGUUGACAGCAAUUGCAUUGUUAAGCUUUAUUGUUCUUUUCAAGAUGAGGAAUACUUGUAUCUCAUUAUGGAGUAUCUUCCUGGUGGUGAUAUGAUGACUUUACUCAUGAGGAAGGAUACAUUGACCGAGGAUGAGGCACGAUUUUAUGUUGCAGAGACUGUUUUGGCCAUUGAAUCUAUCCACAAACAUAAUUACAUUCAUAGAGACAUUAAACCUGAUAACUUGCUGCUUGAUAAAUUUGGGCACUUGAGACUGUCAGACUUUGGACUUUGUAAACCAUUAGACUGCAGUACCCUUGAAGAAAAGGAUUUUGAAGUCCAGAGUGGAAACGGGAAUUCGUCAACUGAUGAUGGCUCUACAAAGCCCAGACGUACACAGCAGGAGCAACUUCAACAUUGGCAGAAGAAUCGGCGGAUGCUUGCUUAUUCUACUGUUGGCACACCAGAUUAUAUAGCUCCAGAAGUUCUAUUGAAGAAGGGUUAUGGAAUGGAAUGUGAUUGGUGGUCACUCGGGGCAAUAAUGUUUGAAAUGCUUGUUGGAUAUCCACCUUUUUACUCAGAUGAUCCCAUGACAACAUGUAGGAAGAUAGUAAACUGGAGAACUCAUUUAAAGUUCCCUGAGGAAGCAAAAAUAUCUCCAGAGGCUAAAGAUCUCAUUGGUAAACUGUUGUGUAAUGUUAAUCAGAGACUUGGGUCAAAUGGUGCUAAUGAAAUAAAGGUUCAUCCAUGGUUCGAUGGUAUUGAUUGGGAUAGAAUAUACCAAAUGGAAGCUGCUUUCCUCCCUGAAGUCAAUGAUGAGUUAGACACACAGAAUUUUGAGAAGUUUGAUGAGGCUGACUUUUCAUCCCAAUCAACAUCAAAGCAAGGUCCAUGGAGAAAGAUGCUUUCAUCCAAGGACCUAAAUUUUGUGGGCUACACUUACAAGAACUUCGAAAUUGUGAAUGAUUAUCAAGUUCCAGGCAUUGCUGAAUUGAAGAAGAAAGACAACAAGCCUAAGAGGCCGUCAAUCAAGUCACUCUUUGAGGACGAGUCAUCAGAUACAUCAGAAGCAGCAACCAGUGGUGAUCAAUCUGUUAAUGGGAGUUUUUUGAAUCUCUUGCCUCCUCAAUUAGAAGUGUCCCCAGUUCAAACCGAUACUCCCCCAUCAAAGUUUUCCUAAAUACUUCAAGCAUUAGGUGACCAAGGAAUAUCUGACCUAUGAUAGAUCUGGUCAGUUUAUAAUUAUCCCUGUUGCAUUACAACAAUUGAAAUACAUUUGAAGGCAUAGGUGAAUCUUAUCACUAGCUAAUUUUCGAUCUCGCUCCUGAUUCCAAUUUCAUUACUGUAAAAUUUUCCCCCAAAGUAACCCAACUAAACUGUAAAGUGAAUACUAUUUGUUGAUUACUGAUGCCCCAUUCUUUUUGUUCCAACCUUUGUACCGUAAAACCUGUAUCUUGUACAAAUGUAUUGCUUGUGUUAAGCAUUUGGGUUUCCCUUGGUUAAUGAGAGAUAAAUUUCUGUAGUUUUCCGAUUCA